CAACUACCAGCACUACUUCGGAAACGACAACAACAACAUCCAGCACAAGCUCCACUUCAACUACCAGCACUACUUCUGAGACAACUACAACGACAUCAACUAGCACUAGUUCGACUACCAGUACAACGUCGGAAACGACAACAACAACAUCAACUAGCACUAGUUCGACUACCAGUACAACGUCAGAAACAACAACAACAACAUCCAGCACCAGCUCCACUUCAACUACCAGCACUACUUCUGAGACAACUACAACAACAUCCAGCACAAGCUCUACUUCAACUACCAGCACUACUUCGGAAACGACAACAACAACAUCCAGCACAAGCUCCACUUCAACUACCAGCACUACUUCUGAGACAACUACAACGACAUCAACUAGCACUAGUUCGACUACCAGCACUACUUCGGAAACAACUACAACAACAUCCACUACCACAUCGGAAACAACAACAACUACUUCAACUAGCACUAGUUCGACUACCAGUACAACGUCCGACACAACAACAACAACAUCCAGCACCAGCUCUACUUCAACUACCAGCACUACUUCAGAGACAACUACAACAACAUCAACUAGCACUAGUUCGACUACCAGCACUACUUCGGAAACAACAACAACAACAUCCAGCACUACAUCGGAAACAACUACGACAUCAUCAACUACAUCCACCACCACAUCGACCACAACUACAACGACGUCAACAAGCACAACGUCGACUACCAGCAGUACAUCAACAACGACAACAACAACAUCAACUACAACCACGACAACAACGACCACUCAGAGGGGUAUGUAAACAUGACUGUACAUCUGUUCUUGACUGUUUAAAAUUUCAUAGCGCUUAA